AUGGCUAGUCUCAAUGUUCUUACCUUUGAUGCUGAGGGUCGAGCUGUUGACUUUGAGGUCUGGCUAGAUGAUCUGCAGCUUUUCCUACAGUGCGAUAGCAAGGAUGGUUUCUCACUGUUCGAUCUCACGUCUGGCGCCUCUACUGCCCCUACUGCUGAUGCUGACAGUACUGUUCGCUCGCAGUGGCUCACGCGCGAUGCUGCUGCUCGUCUUGCUGUGCGCAAUCACCUGCCGUCUACUGAGCGCGCGCACUUUAGUCAGUACAAGAGUGCUAGGGCUCUGUACGACGCUGUAGUUGCACGCUACUCCUCCCCUACCACUGCUGCCCUCAGCCGCCUCAUGCUGCCGUACCUUUUUCCUGACCUUGCCGCCUUUGCCACAGUUGCUGACCUCGUUGCUCACCUCCGCACUAGUGACGCUCGCUACCGCGCUGCCCUUCCCACUGAGUUUCUUCCCACGAACUCCCCCCCCAUGUACAUCACCCUUUACUACCUAGUCACCCGCCUCCCUGACUCUCUCUCCUCAGUCAGGGAUCACUUCCUCUCCCUUUGCCCCACCGCGCUGACUGUCGACUUGCUAGAGGAGCGCCUUGCUGCAGCUGAGAAGAGUAUCUUAGCUGUAGGUGCUUCUCGCGGCGACCGUCGCACCCCCUUCUUUGAGGGGUGUUCCCCUGUCCCCCUUCUCCCCUCUAUUGCCUCUGCUGCUGCUGUCGACCUUGUUGGCACUGAGGAGGUCGGCGCUGCGUCUGCCUCUAGUGGGCGACGCCGCACCGGCAAGGGCAAGGGAAGCAAGGGUUGUGGAGGGGGCGGUGGGGGCAGCGGUGGAGGCGGUGGAGGAGGUGGAGUUGGUGGUGGGGGUGGUACAGGGAGUGGGGGAGUCGGUGGCGGCAGUGGAGGCCGUGGCGGCGGUGGCGGAGGGGGUGGAGGCGGCGGCAGCGGUGGUGGAGGUAGCGGAGGAGGUGGUGCUGGUCGCGGUGCAGCUACGCCGCGUGGAGGCCUUGGUGGCAGCCAGCGCCAGCAGCAGCAGCGCACCCGUGAGACCCCGUCGGUUCAGCAGCUUCGUGAGUGGUACGCUGGGCAUGGGAGGUCUGGGGGUGCGGGUCCCUGCUCUUACGUUCUUCGCACCGGCACUCGGAGUGGGGAGGUGUGUGGUCUCCCACACACCACGCAGCGCUGCUUCGGCCGCUUGACUGACGCUUGGCGUGCCCAGUUUCCUGACGCAGUUGAGCUUCCUCGUUGGCAUGAUCUGCUUCUGCAGAAUGUGCCUAUCUUUGACCUAGACUUUGAUGCUAUCCUUGCUGCCAUGUAUGCUUUUGCUGAUAUUACUGAGGGUGACUGUUACCCGCGUGUCCCGCCCGACCCGGGCACAAUGGCUGCUGCUCUAGGUGCUAGUGCGGCUGCUGCUCUAGGUGCUAGUGCGUCUGCUGCUCCAGGUGCUGGUACGUCUCCUCUCUCUGGUACUGCACCUACUGAGUCCUUUCACACCUUCACACUUGACUCUGGUGCUUCGCGCUCUUUCUUUAGAGACAGCACCAAGCUCACGCCGCUCAGUCGGCCUGUUGCGGUCUCCCUUGCUGACCCCUCCGGGGGCCCAGUCCUUGCACACUCCUCCACGGUUCUACCGUGUCCUGCGGCCCCGUCGGGCUUGCUGUCGGGACUCCACCUCCCCUCGUUCUCUACAAACUUGGUGAGUAGAGCUGACCUCCAGGACGCGUGGGUUGACCAGUUCACCCCUGGAGGUCAGCGUGUGACCCACUGCACUUGCUCUCGGACGGGCCGCCACCUGGCCACGUUCACCCGUCGGCCAGGGUCGAGUCUGUACACACUGACUACUGCGCCUCCUCCGGUCCCUGCGUCUGGUCAGGUAGCUGCGUCCAGUCAGGUGUUUGCUGCUGCGUCGAGGUCUAGUCCUGCGUCUGCCCCCUGCUCGUGUCGUCCUCUGGUGCACGAGACUCUCCUUUGGCACCACCGCCUUGGUCACCCCUCCCUGCCUCGUCUUCGAGGUAUGGCCUCCCGUGCUCUUGUCUCUGGCCUCCCCAGGUCCCUCCCUCCCCUUCCUCCGGGGCCUGCCCCCACCUGUGUUCCUAGUGUCGAGGGCCGGCAGCGCGCCGCUCCUCACUCCUCCUCGUUUCCUCUGACUGAGGCCCCUCUGCAGACUCUUCACAUGGACGUGUGGGGCCCAGCCCGUGUUCGUGGAAAGGGUCACGAGCGUUACUUCAUGCUGGUCGUUGACGACUACUCGCGUUACACCACAGUCUUCCCCUUGCGCAGCAAGGGUGAGGUCACUGAGGUGUUGAUCGACUGGAUCCGCGGUGCUCGUCGCCAGCUUAGUGAGAGAUUCGGCUCCGACCUUCCUGUUUUGCGUCUGCACUCAGACAGAGGCGGGGAGUUUUCCUCCGACCUUCUGAGAGCCUUCUGUCGUUUGGAGGGCAUCCGCCAGACGUUCACGCUUCCGGCCUCCCCGCAGCAAAAUGGGAUUGCUGAGCGCCGCAUUGGCAUGGUCAUGGAUGUCGCUCAUGCGGCUGCUCCCCACUUUCUGUGGCCGUUCUCGGUUCAGUACGCUGCGCAUCAGAUCAACCUUCAGCCUCGUGUCUCCUUGCCGGAGACAACACCUACUCUGCGGUGGACGGGGAAGGUUGGCGAUGCGUCCACGUUCCGUGUCUGGGGAUCUCGAGCUUUUGUCCGCGAUACUACAGCGGACAAGCUGUCCUCCCGUGCCGUUCCCUGUGUCUUCCUUGGCUUCCCUCCUCACGCACCCGGGUGGCAGUUCUACCACCCAACCUCGCGUCGUGUUCUGUCCUCUCAGGACGUCACGUUCGACGAGUCGGUGUCGUACUACCGUCUCUUUCCCUACCGCACUGCCUCUCUCCCCCCCCCGCCCCUCUUCCUGGCACCAGGUACUCCCUUGGUAGACCCCCUCCCCCCCCAGGGUCCUGCCCCCUCAGGUGUGUCCCAGGUAGACCCUGCCGAGCCGGUCGAGGUAGCGGUCGCCUCAGGUACUGCUAGGGGUGCUGAGUCUGGGGGUGCUGAGACUGGGGGUGCUGAGUCUGGGGGUGCUGAGACUGGGCGUGCUGAGCCUCCGAGAGUGGAGCCUGAGGGUACUCGCCUUCGUGAGUGGUACUCUCGGCGCGGUCGGGUUGCUGCUGGUGCUGCUGGUGCUGGGGCUGCUGGAGGUGCUGGAGGUGCUACUGGAGCUACUGGAGGUGCUGGAGCUGCUGGGGGUGCUGCUGGUGCUGGAGCUGCUGGAGGUGCUGCUGGUGCUGGAGCUGCUGGAGGUGCUACUGGUGCUGGUGCUGCUGGAGGUACUGGAGGUGCUACUGGAGCUACUGGAGGUGCUGGCGCUGCUGGAGGUGGUGCUGGUGCUGGAGCUGCUGGAGGUGCUACAGGUGCUGGUGCUGCUGGAGGUGCUGCUGGAGCUGCUGGAGGUGCUGCUGGGACUGGAGGCCCUGGGGCUGAGGGUACCGGUUCUGUCUCUGCUGUCUCUGGAGGCGCUGCGCGGCCGCGGCCGUACUACGUUCCACUCCUUCAGCAGGUUCUUGGCUCCCCGCCUUCUCCUGGUCCUCCUCCUCCUUUCCUGAGUCCACCGCCUGUCCAGUCCCAGUCGCAGUUGCAGGCGGCCUCUCCGCUGCCUGGUCCUUUUCCUUACUCCGGUCCGACUAGAGGUCUUACGGAGCGUCGAGAGCCUGAGUCUCGUCCUGUGUCGCCUGAGUCUCGUUCUGCGUCGUCUGUCCGUCCUGUUCGCGCUGGUCGUGUUUCGCGUCCGCGUCUUCCUCCUGUCCCAGGCACUCACUCUAUGACACUGCGUCCUUCUACUGCUCCACAGCGUGUCCCUCUGCCCUCUCCUCCUGCGUCCUCUCUUCCUGAUGGUCCGGACCCGGAGUUUGACUCCCUUCGUGCUUCUAGUCCUACUGUCAUGCGCUUUCUGGCCACUGCGUCUGCUCUUGUUGCUGAGCUUGUUGACUUUGCUGCAGCCUGUCGCCUAGACUACGCCGCUAGUCUUGUUGCUGAGUCUGCGUCUGCGUCUGUCUGUCCUCCGUUUGUCGGGGGUGAGUGUGCUCUUGGCACGAACGUCCUGGAGGACAGACAGGAGGACCUUGAGUGUUUUGCUGCUGCUUCACCUUAUCUCGUGUCCAUGCUGCUUGCCCCUGAGGGAGACCCGGAUGCACUAGACAUCCCGACCCCGCGCUCUUACGCAGAGGCGAUAGAGGGUCCCUACUCCUCUCAGUGGCAGGCAGCCAUGGAUGCAGAGAUGGCUUCCUGGAAGUCCACAGGCACCUACGUAGACGAGGUUCCCCCACCUGGGGCAAACAUCGUCAGUGGCAUGUGGAUCUUCAGGGUGAAGCGGCCGCCGGGUUCUCCGCCUGCCUUCAAGGCGCGUUACGUUGCACGUGGCUUCAGUCAGCGACAGGGAGUUGACUUCUUUCAGACCUUCUCCCCUACCCCGAAGAUGACCACUCUUCGGGUACUGCUGCACGUUGCUGCUCAGCGUGACUACGAGCUCCACUCGCUUGACUUCAGCACAGCCUUCCUACAGGGCAGCCUGCACGAGGAGAUCUGGCUGCGCCGCCCACCUGGCUUCACUGGGUCGUUUCCUGCUGGUACCCAGUGGAGCCUCCGGCGGCUAGUCUACGGUCUCCGCCAGGCGCCCCGUGAGUGGCACGACACGCUCAGGACGACUCUUGCUGCUCUUGGGUUUGCUCCUUCCACUGCUGACCCUUCUCUGUUUCUACGCACUGACGCUACUCUGCCGCCGUUCUACGUUCUUGUGUACGUAGACGACCUUGUCUUUGCUACUGCUGACACGGAGGCACUCGCCCACGUGAAGUCCGAGCUGCAGAAGAGACACACGUGCACAGACCUGGGUGAGCUCACAAGCUAUCUUGGCUUGCGGAUCACCCGGGACAGAGCACAGCGCACCAUUACCUUGACUCAGUCACACAUGGUGCAGCUUCGGCUUCACCUACUCCUCGUCACAGUCCACUCCUCUGCCUACCGGUCACUCGCUCUCAGCUCCACCUUCGGACGAGUCCGUAGAGCCGAGUGGCCCGUAUCCAGAGCUUGUGGGCUGCCUCAUGUACCUGAUGACUUGCACACGACCUGA